AUGGCUCCAGUUAAACAGCUACGCUUAUUACUUGUGUUCGUCUUGUCGGCCACUACCCUCUUCGCCCUAGUCUCGGGCCUAGUUCUCCUUCCCUCUUCUCAAGAUCCACAACAGCGAGCGGACUAUGAGGGCGAACAUGCAGAAAGGCGAACUUCGCUUGUCGCAUCCGUUCAGGAACCCAUUGGCAAAUGGAUUCAAAAUACUCUCAACCCAUCUUCGGAAACUUCCAGCGAAGGCGUUGCUAUCGUCGAUUGGAAGUCAUACGUUGAUGCUAGCAGGUUCAACUACGCACUGAACCACUGGGAGUCUUUGAAAAAUGAUCAGGAGAUGAUCAAUAGAUAUGGUGUACAUGGACCGAACUCGGAAAAUAUGCCGAAAGUCCUAUGCUUGGUGGAUUCUUCAGCGUCAGAUAGCGAGGGUCAAACGAUCGAGACGUCUGGAUGCACAUGGGAAGAAGUUCAUGAUCCAAAACCGUCUCAGAGGUGGCAUAUCCGAUAUAAGUAUCUUGGGGAUGACAAUAAGUCUUCAGAUAGGUCUCCUCGAUGGGUUGCUACUAUGAAGAAUGGUAGAACCAAUAAAUGCACCGAAGCGGCCUACGAUACGAAACGGACUCCGAUCUGGAGUCGAAGAAAUACUAAUACACCAGAAGUCUUCAAAGUCGGCCGAGUCGUUUCUAGCAGCUGUCACAGUGCACCCGAUGAAAACAAAAAGGGACUUGAAUUUACCAUCAAAAGAUGUGCAAAUUCUCAAACCCCUUCCGACAGUGGCGUCGACGAAACAGACGAAAUUUUUAGGAACUGGUCGUUGUGGUUAGUAUUCCCUCGCCAAGCGUCAGCUGUAGACCAUUAUGUCAAGGGCCGUGCUGACAUGCAGGAUAAAUAG